AGUGUCAGUAGUUGCCGGCCUCUUUCCCAGUGAAGUUCCACCUGAGUUUUUCGAAUCAUUCCACUUUUUUUGUGACUAGAAUAACUUAAUAAUCGUAAUGAGCGGAAACCUCGAUUACAAGGCGGCCACGUCGAUCUACGACUUUGAGGCUAACUCUAUCAAAGGGAACAUAGUACCCUUGUCAAACUACAAAGGUCACGUCUGUUUGAUCGUUAAUGUUGCUUCGAAGUGUGGUCUUACGAAGACUAACUACAAAGAGCUGAAUGAACUUUAUGACAAGUAUGGGGAGUCUCAUGAGUUGGGCAAGGCUAUCAAGGGGAGGAGAUGCGGAUACUACCUUGCUGAGAAGCGUAUUCCAACGACCAAAUGCGUGAAAGAGCCAGGGGAUAAAAAUAAGGAGUUUUUUAAGAUCAAUUACAAAAUGGCUUUUGCUUGUCUCCACGCAGGAAUUGGGAACCAGGGACUAAAUAAACUAUUGGCAAGUGCGGGUUUACCUACAAUGAAUUAUGGAACAUAUAAAGACUAUGAGAGAAGAGCUGGAUCUGUUGUAGAAAUAAUUGCUAAGGAAAGCUGCGACAAAGCUGCAAAAAUUGAACGACAAUUGACGAUCGAGAAUGCCGAAGAGAUUGAGAAGAUUGUGUAAGCUCAUGGGACACAAUCUUUAUCACUUCAAUUAUUUUACAUUCUUUUUUACUUGUCUUUCGUAAAAAUUUAUUUUUUUCAUUUAAUUAAAUUAUUUUCGAUUAUUUUGUUGCCUCUGGUUUCCCAGUAGAAUAUAUUAUGCUCUAUUGAGCGAAUCAAUUCAUUAUGCAAUGAAGAAAUUUCAUUUUUAUUUGUUAUUCUCUUUGACAAUUUUUUCCCCUGGCUUUUCCGGGACAAUCAGAAUGCUUUAUUGAGCUAAUCGAUUAUCUAUUUCAUUGAGAUUCUUCAUUUGAAAUUAGUGAGACUUUUUUUCUCCUAUUUACUCAUCAACAUUCAACAAUCACUCCAAUUCCCCAAUAAAACCAAAUCUAUAGUAUUUACCUACGAGAAUAAACGUAUAUAUUCGCUAAUGUGGGAGCAAUUAUACUCAUUGUUAAAUAAAAAAUGAAUAAUAAAUGAAAAAUCUCUAA